AAUCGUCCGAGCAGCUGUAACGUAGUUCCCGAUUGAGGAAACCAUGAUAAAAUAACAAACAUGUCAUCGUCUUAUUUUCUGAAAAAUGAGUCGUGAAAAUGAUAGGAUUAGUAUGUGAGAAAUAGAUGGUUACUUUACAAACAGUGUAGUAUGGGAAAAGUUCAUCCACCUCCACCUGAAUUCAAGGAAAACCUUGGAUUGAGUUGGCAUAUCAGAUGACCGAAGUCGUAAAUGUGCUAAACGUGGAGAUUCCAUUGAAACGGUGAAAACAGACAUUUGUUCGUCAAAGAAUCAGAAAUAGCGUAUAAGUUGCUGAGAAAUAGUAUGCACUCUCAAGUGAGAGAGUACGAAGAAGCAUCCAGAUCUGGAAGAAAACAAAGUGCUCGCAGUAUGCAGAACAGAACGGGGAGUUCAGCUGGCCCAAUGAUGGUGGGACCCAACUUCAGAGUGGGAAAGAAGAUAGGAUGUGGUAACUUUGGAGAGUUAAGACUGGGGAAGAAUCUGUACAACAAUGAACAUGUGGCUGUGAAAUGUGAGCCCAUGAAAUCUCGAGCCCCCCAGCUACACCUGGAGUACAGAUUCUACAAACAGCUGGGACAGUCAGAGGGUAUUCCCAAUGUGUACUAUUUUGGACCAAGUGCUAAGAACAAUGCUUUGGUAAUGGAGUUGUUGGGGCCAAGUUUAGAGGAUUUAUUCGACAUUUGUGACAGAAAAUUCACCCUCAAGACUGUGUUAAUGAUAGCCAUACAGUUGAUUUCUAGGAUGGAGUUUGUGCAUUCUAAACACUUGAUUUAUCGGGAUGUGAAACCGGAGAAUUUCUUAAUAGGACGGCAGUCGACUAACAAACAACAUAUCAUACAUAUAAUAGACUUUGGUUUAGCCAAAGAGUACAUUGACAGUGAAACUCACAAACAUAUACCGUACAGGGAACACAAGAGUUUGACAGGGACCGCCCGCUAUAUGAGCAUUAACACACAUCUAGGGAAAGAACAAAGUCGGCGAGACGAUUUGGAGGCUUUAGGUCACAUGUUUAUGUACUUCCUGCGAGGAAGCCUACCGUGGCAGGGGCUGAAGGCAGACACACUGAAAGAACGCUACCAGAAGAUUGGGGACACCAAACGGGCCACCCCCAUAGAGGUCCUGUGUGAGAACUUCCCAGAGGAGUUUGCCCAGUACCUGCGUUACGUGCGGCGGCUGGACUUCUUUGAGACGCCCGACUACGACUACCUGCGGCGACUCUUCACUGAUCUCAUGUACCAGAAGGGCUACGAGUGUGACUGGGACUUUGACUGGGUCGGCCGGCAGGUGAGUAAGUCCACUCCGGUGCCCAUUCCCUCACAGGAAGCGAUCGGACCCUCCAAACCGAGUGAGACCCCCGGACGGCACCACCCUCAACCAAAGAAGAGUAAACAACGGCCACACGAGCCCGGUACUAAUCAGAGGGGGCUAGCGUGGGGCGAGAGUUCCCGACACACCGCUCACUAUCUGGGCGCCGGACUCGCGCCCGAUAGACACGGGGGCUCAGUGCAGCCGUACCCAGCUCUGUUGUCACAAUAUACGGUGCUGAAUUCCAACAAUGGGGACGUGAACACAGAAGACAAUGACAUGGGCCAACACUCCACCCUACAGCUCAGCAAGGACCGGCAGGAGGAAGACAACAGCGAGACAAAAUGCUGUUUUUUCCGCCGACGCAAGAAAAAGAAGACCACUCGUUAACAAAGCAUCUUUACUACAGUCAAUUAUUUUUAUGGAUUUUUUUGUUAAAUAGUCUUUUAAAAGUUACAAACUUUUACAUGUUGCCAUCUCUGGUGUGUUUCUCCAUUGUUGUUUUUUACUGCAAUAAGAUACUUGUGGUCAUAGUUCAGUGAGUGAGAGUAUUUUAAACCACUGGGAAAUAUCUGUGGGGUGUGGAGACCAGAGGCAGAGACAAGAGUCCGAGGGGAAGUGACUGUAUUUUGUUAUCUGUGUUAUAUUUUACAAUGCCGUCAUUAUUUAUACUAAUUCCAUUGUCACUGUGUGUGUGUUUGCGGAAGUGGCUAAAUUCUUAGACUGGUCAAGAGAGUUUGGUCAGCGUACAAAAAAACUAUAGUGGAUGUAAUGAUUCAUUUUGUGGCUGCACACAUCCUCUUGUGAUUCUCACCACAGGUGCUGUUGUUUCACACGGAGAAAGAGACCACGGAAAGGAAAGAGGCGGAAAUGACAAGAACCGAUGGUGGGGGACAAUGUACGCUAUUUCCCGUUAACGCCGGUCUUUGGAAGGGAUCGUUCUUAUUGCCAGCCCUCGGCUAGAGGCGCCAUCAAUUGGUCUUUUGAGUGAAUCAGAAGACCCAAAUCUCUGACCCAUUCACUUCAUGGAUGGUUAUUGUUAAGUACACACAGGGUUUCCCUGUCUGAUAACUUGUCCAAAUGAAGACCCUGUUCAGAUGUUCCAAUUAUUGUACAAAUUUGCCAAACAGCAAUAUAUUUCUGAGGACUGAAGUGUGAUAAAUUGUUAUUAUAAUACUUAGUAAAUGUUUAUUUUGCAAAUUAUAUGAACUUAUUAAUAAGAUCAAUGAGAUAUUUGUAAGAUGAAAGAUUCCUGUAAUCAGCUUGAGACAGUGGGAAACAAUGGUUUAUAGAUGAUGACUGCGUCAUAUUGCAGCCAGGCCUGUGUGUGUAGCAGAGGCUCGACUCUGUCGUCAGAUGUGUGACGGUCUAUGUUAUAUAUGUGCCAUUUUGUUUAUCUCUUGAGUUCUUGCAUCUCUCUCAAAAAAAUCUGUAAACACCAUCUUGCCAGCCUGUGUACAGUAGGGUGAUCUACACCUGUCUGUGAGCGGGGUCAAGAUAGGUAACUCUUCGCCUGUACAAUAGAUAGGAAAUUCUACACCUGUACAAUAAAUAGGUAAAUCUACACCUGUACAAUAUAUAGGUAACCUUACGCCUGUACAAUAUAGUGACAAGUUAACUGUCUGUAAAACAGUGACACAGUGCUGUAAACCCAGAACCAGUGCCAAGGAACAGCUGUAUCCCAAGUUCAAACAAACUCUGUUUGAUAUUUUUUUUGUUUACAACCAUUUUAAAUAGUUGUUUUUAUUUACUUUUCAUGCGGAAAAUUAGAUAAAUUUUCCUCUCAAGAAUGGCAGAUGUAUUAUAUGAAGAGCUUUUUGAAAUGUACUGUACAUACAGUUUUGUUUACAUUUGAUACCAUGGUUCUUGUUUUCUCAGAUUUAUAUACACCAUUGUAGAAUAUGUAUACAAUUCACUUUCUUCUUUUGUCAAUUUACCAUCAUUUGGGAAGAAACUCAAUCAAGUAUUCUGUCUCCGAGUCCAUAACCAGCAAUAGUAAGGGCCGCUUAGCAAAUCUGGAAUUGAAUCAGACCAGCCCUAUACGCUAAUGUAUAGGGACUCUGUAUCUCUCCCUACACUGCCGUGUGGGCACUGAUUUACACAUGGCCAAAAGCUGUUAGCUUAGUUGUAGGAUUCAUAGCUACUGUAAUGUAAACUAAAUUAUUUUCUUAUUUCAUUACUUUGAUUUAGUUUCAUAACUCGGUCGCUGAAUACAGAAAAUGUCAUGAUAUUGUGAUAGAUAAAUUUUAAAUGAAUUUUACAUUUAAUGAGAGAAAUUCGGCUUGAAAUAAAUCAAUUUUGGGGGGGGGGGGAUUUUUUUUUAAAAUUUAGAUUUUGAAAUGCAGAACCCAUUUAUUCUAUUGCUAGAGUUUCUGAUCACGUAUUGAGACCACGACACUCGACUUGAUGUUUGGCGGUGUGUGAUGUUCCUAGGCUUAGAUAUUUUAUAUGUGUCCUAAUUUCACACAACAUUUGAUGUUGUGUUGUAAUUGGCAUAAAAGAAAGUGUGUGUAUCAUAGGGCUUUCAUGAUUACAGAAAGUAAUUCGAGAACAAAUUGUGUCCACGAAGUGUAAGAAACCAAAGGUACCUUGUCAAUAGAGUCAAUAUUGUCAAGGCAUCAAUGGUGGGUCACGUGAUGUCUGGAAGGCGUACGAUUGGUGGGAGGUGUAUCUGUUUUUAUGUAUCAUUUUAACAAUUUGAAUGAAUUUCAUUCUGAUAAGUCUAAAUCGUGUUUUUGCACAAUAGUUCCUUUAUAAUUUAUUUUCUGGACAAGUAAUAUGUUGGAUGCGCGAGAUCUCCGAGGCGGCCAUUGUGAGAAUGUUUGAAUUGUUUUCUUAAUCAGUAUCCAAUAUAAAAACAGGUACAUGUAUAAUCUUUUUGUGUUGAAGGGAUGAGUGAAUACACUGUCUGAUAAAAAAAAAAAUUAAUUGUACUAUCAGAAAUAAAUUUCAAACCUUUC